UGUCUUUGUUCCUUCUCCAAGUAAUUAGGCUUUGAACUUUAAAACAUGGGUUUAGCAGCAGCUCUCCUCCUCCUCCUCCUGGCGGCUCCGGCAGCUCUUGCCGUGCAAUAUAUCAUCGGAGACAGCGCCGGUUGGACCUCCGGCGGAGAUUACGAUAGUUGGGUUCAGGGGAAAACAUUCACCGUUGGAGAUACACUUCUGUUCAACUACGAUGGCACCCACUCGGUGGAUGAAGUAUCCAAAAACGACUACGACAAUUGCAACUCCGGCAAUGCUUUGAGAACUCACAACGAUGGAAGGACGGUCAUCACACUUUCAAAUCCGGGAUCGAUGUAUUUUAUAUGCCCGACCAUAGGACAUUGUGCUGGCGGCAUGAAGCUUGCAGUCGAUGUUGUAGCAGCCGGUGGCAGCUCACCGUCUACCCCAUCAACUCCAUCUGAUUCACCUACUACUCCCGGAACAACACCGAGUGGCUCGACACCAUCGCCUCGGCCUAGCGGAGCUCCUAGCAUCAUGACUAUGGUUUCUUGUUGGAUUAUUGGCUUAUUUACUUGUGUUUUUUAUUCAAUCAGUGUGAAUUUAUUUUAUUUUUCCUUUUAUGAACAGAAGAUGAUUUAUUUCUUAUAA